GAUGUUGUGAAAAAAAAAAACACAAAGAACACACGGAAAACCCAGAGAGAGUGCACGCAGAAGAAGGAAGAAAGAAGAAAAAAUAAGGAAAGGAAGAAGAAGAAGAAGGAGAGGAGGAGGAGGAGGGAGGAAGGCAUACAAACCAGGGAGUGUGAAAGAACUGAGCCAUGGGCGAGUCAAGUGACUCGGUUUCUGUAGAUAUUGACAUGCUUUCUUUUGAAGGGAAGGAAUAUGUGUUGAAAACGAGUAGAGGUUCAGUUUCAGUGUAUGUGUGUGGUGAUCAAGAGAAGCCUGCUUUGAUAACAUACCCAGAUGUUGCUCUCAAUUACAUGUCUUGUUUCCAAGGUCUCUUCUUUUGCCCAGAGGCAGCUUCUUUGUUGCUUCAUAACUUCUGCAUUUACCAUAUUGAUGCCCCCGGGCAUGAGUUGGGAGCAGAUGUCAUUUCUUCAGAUGUUCCAUUACUCAGUGUGGAUGACUUAGCAGACCAGGUUGCUGAAGUGCUUGAUUUCUUUGGGCUGAAAGAGGUCCUGUGCUUAGGUGUGACAGCUGGUGCUUACAUCCUGACGCUUUUUGCAACAAAAUAUAAAGAACGAGUGCUUGGGUUAAUUCUUGUUUCCCCUAUCUGCAAAGCUCCCUCAUGGACUGAAUGGCUUUACAAUAAGGUAUUAUUAAAUUUGUUAUACUUCUAUGGUAUGUGUGGUGUACUGAAGGAGUGCCUUAUCCAGCGUUACUUCAGUAAGGAAAUUAGGUGUGGUGUGCAUGGCGCAGAAUCAGACAUCAUUCAAGCAUGUAGAAGGUUGCUGGAUGAGAGGCAAAGUUUGAAUGUCAUGCGCAUUCUUCAAGCAAUUAAUGACAGGAGGCAUGACCUUACAGACGGCUUGAAGGAGUUACAAUGCAAGACGCUUAUUUUUGUGGGAGAGAGUAGUCAGUUUCGCGACGAAUCUGUGUAUAUGAGUGCCAAAUUGGGGAAGAAAAUAUGUGCUCUUGUUGAGGUUCAAGCAUGCGGCUCACUAGUGACAGAAGAACACCCAUAUGCCAUGAUAAUCCCUAUGGAAUUCUUUCUAAUGGGAUUUGGCUACCAUAGGCAACCUCAUUUUACUUCCUCAUCAAGUAAUGGUUCUAGCCCAGCCAAUCCCUUGAGCCAUUCUUGUAUAGCGCCAGAACUUCUUUCUCCUGAGAGUUUGGGUAUCAAGCUCAAACCAAUCAAAACACGUGUGAACAUUGAAGUUUGAUGUAUUGAAGUGAUUUCAUGAACUCAACAAGAUUACUGAGCAAUCCGGGCGAAGCAGCAGUUGCUGAUUUCAGCUUUGCACAUAACCGUGAUAAAUGUACAAUAUCUAGAAUAGCAUAUUCAUAUUCUUUUAUUGUGUUGGUGGGGGAAGAAUUUUGGUGUUGAAAGAAUAGAUAUAGAUACUUGAGGGAAAUUAAGAUAGCUUUGUUUUGAAUGAAGAAGCUCUUCCACCGUCAGAUUGUGCUAUUGUGGGAUUAUUCUAAAUAGUGGGGGUGGAUUAAUGUGUGUAGCAUACAUUAAUAAUCAGAAAUGAGAACACAAAGAAUAAUGAUUGUUUAA